AAAGAAAAAGAAAUUUUUUCGUAAAAAUUGUAAAAAUUAAAUAUGUGAAUAUAAUGAUAAUAAUCUAUAAAAUUCAUCCAUAUAGUCAAUAAAAUUUCCGAAAAUUUAAAAUAAUGAAAAAUUAAUAUGUUUAACUUUAAAAUAAACUUAAUAAUUAAAUAGUAUAAAAUUCGAUAUUGAUAGCAAAAACAAAGUAAUAGAAACAUAUAACAUUUUAAAAUAAGAACCUUAAGAAGAUUAUGAUGAAAUUUAAUUAAUAGAAGAUUAAAAGCUAAUAGUUCAAUAAAGAAAAACUUAUAAUUAAAAAUAAAAAAUUAAUAAAUAGACAUCAUUAACGAGGUUUAAAGUUUUCAAAAAUAUUAAAAUACUUAAACUCAGCUUAAAAUGUUUCAAAAAAAAACAAUACAAAUAUGGAUUAAUUAAAUAUGAUUUUAAAUGAAAAUAUAGUUAAAUUAACUCUCAAUUAAAAAACUAAUUUGAAAGACUCUUAAUAAAAUUAAUUUUAAUAAUAUAAACAGAAAAAAAAUUUAAUAUAAUAAGAAAAUAAUCAUUAAUCUAAACUUGAAAAUAUUCAAUAAAAGCCUGAAAAUAUAUAUAUAAAAUAGGAUUUAGUAUAAUAUCAAGCCUAAUCAAAAAUAGAAUAAAAUUAAUAAAAAGUAUAAUUUAUAUAAGAAAAAUUAGAUAAUACUCCAAUAAUAUAAUAAAAGAAAUAAAAAAAACCGAAUAUUUUUUAAUAAAACAUAAAGUAAAUUUCUGAAAAAAUAAUUGAAAUAUAAAAGAAAGAACUAGUAAAAAUAAGUCAAUAUCAAGAAUUUACAAAUCUAAUUAAUUUUUCAAAUAAUAUAUAAGUAAUCUAACCUUAAAAACCUCAAUUUAAAAUAUAUGUUGGAAAAGGAAAUAAUUCAUUUUUAAUUAAAUAAAGUGUUAAGAAUAGAUGGUGGCUUUAAUUAGUUUAAAAUAUCGAAUAAAUUGAACAGUGUUAAAUUGUUUGGACUUAAAUUAGAAAUCUUUCAUUUAUUAAUUUAUUAAAACCUUAUGUUUAAGAAAAAACUAAUACAGAAGAAAAUACUAAAAAAGACUAAGAAUAUGAAGAUUCUAGUUCUAUAGACUAAAAUUCAGAUAAUAAUAUUAAUAAUAAUAAUGCUAUUUAUUUAAGUGAUGAUACAGAAGCUACUGAAAAAACUCCUACACAUAAACUUUUUAAAUAAAAUUCUCUUAAUACUACAUUUACAGAAUAAAAAAUAAAUACAUAAAGAAAAUUUGAUAUUAGAUGUUAUUUAUUAAUUACUGUUAUAAAAGGAAAAAUGAAAGCUUACUGGUAUUAAGACGGUUAUAUAAGAACAAGUUGUAAAGAAUUUAAUUGCUAAAAUUUAAAUAAUAAAAUGAUACAUUUAACAAACGAUGCAGUUUAAAAAAAAUGCGAAGAUUAUGGAAAAUAUGAAGCAGGAAAUAAAUUAUCAUAUAAUGAACUUUAAAGAUAUUUAAAUUAAACUUAACCUGAUUAAAAAUUAGAUUUUUAGUAAACUGUUUAUCCAAGAAUGAAAUAAUUAGCUUUAGAUUGUGUAAAAGCAACUUUUUUAAAAAUGGAUUAAUUAAGAAGAGAAAUAUCCUUUGAAGUUUUCGGAUUAGAUUUUAUGAUAGAUUAAGAUUUCAAAACUUGGUUAAUAGAAGUAAAUACGAACCCUUGUUUAGAAUUAGCAUCUCCUUUGCUAGUAAGAAUAAUACCUGCAAUGAUAGAAAAUGCAUUUAGAAUUGCUAUUGAUCCUAUUUUUAGCUUUCCAUCUGCUCAAUAUUGGCAAUAAGGAAAAAAAAGUUAUAUUUAAGAUGCAUUAUUGGCAAAUAAUAAAUUUGAAUUAAUUUUUGAUGAAAAUUAUGAUGGGCCAUUAUUAAAAGCUAUAUAUGAAUAAUUUUAUGAAUAGUAAUAGGAUAUAAUAAUUGAAGAGGAAGAGGAAGAAGAAAUUGAAGACGAAUUAUGA